CCGCGAGGGGAGUAGGGCGUCCGCGCGCCCGCUCGCGCCGCGCCUCGGCCGCCGCUGCCGGGUCCAUGACCGCGACCCCUCGCCCAGGGACACCCGCCGCUGCCGCGCAGUACCGCGUCCCGGGCCGCCAACCCCCGGCCCCACCGGCUCCCGCACUCCACCGCCCGCCGCCCGCGCCCGCCGAGAAAGACAGGACAGUCUCCAAUGUGAGAAUGGCUGUGACUUUGGAAGAAGCUCCGUGGCUAGGCUGGAUCUUGGUGAAAGCCCUGAUGAGGUUUGCCUUCAUGGUCGCCAACAACCUGGUUGCUAUUUCCUCCUACAUCUGCUAUGUAAUUGUGCUUCAGCCCCUUCGACUGCUGGACAGUAAGCUGUUCUGGUAUAUUGAAGGAAUCAUGUACAAAUGGCUUUUAGGAAUGGUGGCUUCUUGGGGAUGGUAUGCUGGAUAUACAGUGAUGGAAUGGGGGGAAGAUAUUAACGCAAUUUCAAAAGAUGAAGCAGUAAUGUUGGUGAAUCAUCAGGCAACAGGAGAUGUGUGUACUUUGAUGAUGUGCCUCCAGGACAAAGGACUGGUUGUUGCUCAAAUGAUGUGGUUGAUGGAUCAUAUUUUUAAGUAUACAAACUUUGGAAUUGUUUCUCUAAUUCAUGGAGACUUCUUUAUCAGACAGGGAAAAUCUCAUCGUGACCAACAGCUUCUUCUUCUCAAGAAGCACCUAGAAAAUAAUUACAGGAGCAGAGAUCGAAAAUGGAUUGUUCUGUUUCCAGAAGGGGGCUUCCUCAGGAAGAGGCGCGAAACCAGUCAGGCGUUUGCCAAGAAAAAUAACUUACCAUUGCUUACACAUGUCACUUUGCCAAGGAUUGGGGCAACAAAAAUUAUUCUCAGUGCACUUGUAGCACGACAGGAAAAUGGAAGUCCAGCAGGAGGAGAUGCUAAGGAAUUAGACAACAGAUCGAAAGGCCUCCAGUGGGUAAUAGAUACAACCAUAGCUUAUCCCAAAGCUGAACCCAUAGAUAUUCAAACCUGGAUCCUUGGAUACAGGAAACCAGUAGUCACACAUGUACAUUACAGGAUCUUUCCAAUUAAAGAUAUUCCCCUGGAGACUGGUAACCUUGCUGACUGGCUCUAUCAGCGUUUUAUUGAAAAAGAGGACCUCUUAUCGCAUUUCUAUGAAACAGGGGCUUUUCCACCUCCCAAGGGCCAUGAGGAAGCUGUUUCCAGGGAAAUGACGCUCAGCAAUACAUGGAUAUUUCUCAUACAGUCUUUUGCAUUUUUGUCAGGCUAUAUGUGGUACAACGUCUUUCAGUAUUUUUACCAUUGCCUGUUUUAGGAAUUGACUUGGACUUGUCAAGGUCACCACAGGAGCUUGGGCUUUCAUAAGCGUGCAUUGUUUUACAUGUACAAAUCAGAA